GAAGCAGCCCACCGCCAUCGGGAGAGCGGCACUGUACGACGCAAAAAUUUGCAGCGUCACCAGUGACUCACCAGUCACCACUCACCAGCAAGAGCCACUCCUAGCAAAAGCCACCACUCCAGUUUUCGUUUCGCACCUUCGUUAUUCCGAUUUUCACCAGCGUACUCAGAUUUUUGAAACCUUGGCCGAUCAAGAUCAGCUGCUUCUCUGUGGUUUUGAGUGUUCUGCAGUCUGUAACGUGCACGUCGAGCUUCAGUCUGUAGCAGAUGUAAUUCGGAUCCAUUUGUCAACAAUCGUUCCAGUCAUGUCUCAAAAUUCCGCACAAUCCACGGCUACGGAAAGUUGCGCCGGAGUGGCGAAGGUUGCCGACCGUGUAAAGGACAUCUUACUCUGCGAAGACAUGAGCGACAUUCGAUUCGCGGUGGGACGCGAUCACGGCGCGGUAAAGAUCUUUCCAGCUCACAGGGUCAUAAUUGGUCUGCGCAGCGUUGUGUUCCAUACGAUGUUCUAUGGAAGUCUUCCCGAUAUGUGCACAGAUCUCCUGGAUAUUCCUGAUAUUCAUCCCGAGGCCUUCGCUAACAUGCUUAGUUACAUCUACACCGACGCGGUGACGAAUUUUACCCAGGACAACGUAUUCGACACAUUGAAAUGCGCUGACAAAUACGACUUACCGUUGCUGCUGACUAUGUGCACCGACUUUGUCUUGGGCACGCUCAACUUAAACAACUGCCUUCACGUGCUAGACAACGCUGUGCACUAUGCUGGUGUCGCGCCGAGUAUCUUGGAGAAAUGUUUGUGCCUGAUUGAUGAGUCACCAAAAUCUAUCUGGCAGUCGGAUCAGUUCUGUGCAAUCGGCCAAGAGGCUUUGCGAACGAUUCUAAAACGGGAUACUUUGACUGCCAACGAACAUACUAUUUGUUCAGCGGUCGACAAGUGGGCUGAGAUAACCUGCAUGCGAAGGGAUAUGGACGGUACCUCUGCCAAUCGGCGCGAAGUUUUAGGUGAAGUUUUGUUUCUCGUCGGCUUUCCACUUUUAAGCGAUGGACAGCUUCUGGAUGGGCCUGUAAAGACUGGUUUGCUAUUGCAAUCGGAGUUACUGGACAUCUACCACUAUAAGCAUGCCGCCAUCAAACCGCCGUUGCCCUUCCGUAAGGAACCACGACAAAAUGUACGCGGAGAGUGUGUGAUCAACUAUACUGUUCCGGACGUGAGAAAACUGCAGGCGAUUUUUACAUUGAGCAAUCCCGUAACAGCCAGGAAGCUGUUCUGGCAUAUACACGUUGGAAAAGAAACUGAAGCUAAUGUUGGCUUCUACCUGGUGUGUUCCAGCUAUCCGAAAUCGGCUUCUUGGGCUUGCGAGGUUAAUGCAGAGCUGCGUCUGCUGCCGUGGAACACGGAAACUGCACCAAUUAAGAAACAGAUAUCCCACUUAUUUGGUAAGAAUGGAGCUUGCUGGGGUUAUGGAUUCGGGAAUUUUAUCUCUAUGGAGAAUUUACUGGAUCCGACGAAAGGUUACAUCGAUCCCAGUGACUUCUCGCUGAAACUGCAAAUUCAAGUGACUGUAUCACCCUUCCGGCUUGAAACGAAUGAAUGCAGUGAAACGCGUACCUAAAAAGAAAUAUGCCUUGUGGAAAAGUUUCUUGAUCCAUCGCACAUCAUCGAAUUGCGCAUUGUAAUUCUUGUCUGUUUUUUGGCCAGUUUUCUUUCAGUUCUUGUUGUCAGAUAUUCGCGAACCAGCUGGUAGCUCAAAAGCUGGUUAGAUCUCCUGUUUUACCUAGAUUUCCCAUAUGGAAGAGUACUUUAUACCCUGCAUGAAUAUCAAUCCUUAUGUUUCUUAUCGGUA